CCUCGUCCAGCCGGCGCGGGAGGUACGGCUGGCUGCCGGCGGCCCGGCUCCAGGCUCCUCCUCUUGCCGGUCCAGCCUCUACCUUCCCCCUCCCCGCCCAUUUUCCCCUGGCUGGGCUCUGAAAAUCCAAGGCUUCCCCAAGCCCCUUAAGGAGCGGCAGCGGGCGCAGCGAAGGACAGAGGAGGAGCGCAGCCUGACCCCCGGCGGCGCCAAGCCUUCGGGCAGCAGCUGCGGCGUUGCUAGAGCAGCCCCGGAGGCGCCGCGGCGCGCCCUAGCUCGACUAAGAGAGGGGAGAAGCCGCGGGCUGAAACUGGGCAGGGGGGAGGAAAGCGCGCGCGCGUGUGUGCCAGAGUGUAGAGGACGGCAGUCUCGAAAAAGGGCAGAGGAGAGAGCAAAGGAACCGGGGUGCGGCCCCUUCAGCACUCCCCUCUGCGUCUCCGCCUGUCUCCGAGCUUCUCCCGUCGCGGCGCCAGCUUCUUAGCGCCCCUCGCCAUGGACUUGCGGGGAGUUGAGAUGCGCCUCGGCUGCAGCGCGCGGGUGGCUACCCGGCCUGGGGGGUACGCGGGCGCGCGCGCCGGGAUGGCGAGGUAGGAUGGCCGCCCAGCGCGACCCUUGUCGCCCUAACCCAGAGGCCCCCGGGCGGUGCCGCUGACUCGCCGGAGCGCACGGGGGUGUGGGCGGAGGCGGCCCCGCCGAGCCCGCGCCUUUGGGUGUCGCUUUGCCUCUUCCACCCACUUGCACCUGCCACCCCACGGAUAUCAUGUCGAAGGCUGCCGGAAGCGGAGCGGCGGCAGCGGAAAGUUGUCCCCCAGCCCCUGCCGGCGCGUCCGCGGCCGUGGAGGACCUGUCCAAAGUGUCGGAUGAGGAACUGCUGCAGUGGAGCAAGGAGGAGCUGAUCCGUAGCCUGCGGCGCGCGGAGGCCGAGAAGGUGAGCGCGAUGCUGGACCACAGCAACCUCAUCCGCGAGGUGAACCGCCGCCUGCAGCUACACCUCGGCGAGAUCCGUGGGCUCAAGGAUAUUAACCAGAAACUCCAGGAGGACAACCAGGAGCUGAGGGACCUCUGCUGUUUCUUGGAUGACGACAGGCAGAAAGGCAAGAGGGUGUCCCGGGAGUGGCAGAGACUGGGUCGCUUCACCGCGGGGGUGAUGCACAAGGAAGUGGCCUUGUACCUGCAGAAGCUGAAGGAGCUGGAGGUGAAGCAGGAGGAGGUGGUGAAGGAGAACAUGGAGCUCAAGGAGCUGUGCGUGCUGCUGGAUGAGGAGAAGGGCGCGGGCUGCGCGGGCAGUCGCUGCUCCAUCGACAGCCAAGCCAGCCUGUGCCAGCUCACCGCCUCCUCGGCGCCCUGCGUGCGCGAUGUGGGCGAUGGUAGCAGCACCUCCAGCACGGGCAGCACCGACAGCCCCGACCACCACAAGCACCAUGCGAGCAGUGGCAGCCCCGAGCACCUGCAGAAGCCCCGGGCCGAGGGUAGCCCUGAGCACGCCAAGCACAGGAGCACUAGCCCAGAGCAUCUACAGAAACCCAGGGCCUCUGGGACCCCCGAUCACCCCAAAGCACUCAAAGGACCCAGCCCUGAGCACCACAAGCCCAUGUGCAAGGGCAGCCCUGAACAGCAAAGGCACCCGCACCCAGGGAGCAGCCCUGAAACACUGCCCAAGCACGUGCUGAGCGGGAGCCCAGAACACUUCCAGAAGCACAGACCUGGGGGCAGCCCUGAGCACGCCAGGCACAGUGGAGGGAGCCCUGAGCAUCUUCAGAAACAUGCCCUCAGUGGGAGCCUGGAGCAUCUACCCAGAACCAGGGGCACCAGCCCAGAGCACCUCAAACAGCAUUUUGGGGGCAGCCCUGAUCACAAACACGUGGGCGGAGGCGGUGGAGGCAGCGGAGGAGGCAGCAGGGAAGGUACCUUGCGGAGGCAGGCGCAAGAGGAAGUGUCACCCCAUCACCGGAAUGUCUACAGUGGCAUGAACGAAUCAACCUUGUCCUAUGUUAGGCAGCUGGAGGCAAGAGUAAGACAGCUGGAGGAAGAGAAUCGCAUGCUGCCCCAGGCCACCCAGAAUAGAAGGCAACCUCCAACUAGAAACAGCUCAAAUAUGGAGAAAGGCUGGGGGCCCAGAGCCCGGCGGGUCUUGCAGUGGUGGCAAGGGUGCCGAGGAAUAGGAAGAUGCCUGCCCACUCUCCCGGGUUCUUUUAGGUUGUCAUCAGGGGCUGAUGGGAAUAACAGUUCACCCAACUCUCCAGCUAGCUUCAGUGGACAUACCACACCUUCUCAGCAGCCUGAACCCGUGGUACAUUCUCUUAAGGUCUUGGAUGUUCAGGAAACUAUAGAUCGUCAACAGGGUAAAGAGUAUGAACAUGACCUUAGUGAGACAGAAAAAGCUAUAGUCAGAGAAAUGUGCAAUGUUGUGUGGAGGAAACUUGGAGAUGCUGCAGGUUCGUGUCCUGGAAUUAGGCAGCAUUUGUCUGGAAACCAGUACAAAGGACCAAUGUGAGAAACACUCUUUCAAACAUGAGAUCACCACUGCCAGAACGAGAGAAAAAACGAAGGAAAGAGUGGAUUUCCACAAACCUGAACUCAUGGAGUAACAUGGAGUGAUUGUACAUUGCACAUAUUUGCCCUCUAAAAACCUUUAGUAUAACUAAAGCUGUAUUUUAUGUCUCUCGCUUUGAUGUCUACAGCAGUCAAUUUCAAACAAGGUAGCUUUGAAAAUCACCAUUUUGGUACCAAUAUUUUCAUGAGAACUGAAACGUUUUUGACUCCUGAGAUCUAAGAUUGUAGCGGAAACUCGCGUGAUUGGAAGAGCACAGUAGAGCCUCCGUGGGUUUGAUUGAGUUGACGCGUUACAUUUAAUGGUGAGAGUUUUCUUCCACAUUGUACUGAAGAAGAGGUAUCUUCCAGCUUCCCAAGUUUGAGAGUUGAGUACCUAUUUCUUAUAUUUUAGUCAACAAAAUAGGAGUUCCUGAUGCAUAAUUUAGAUGUAAGUUAAGAUUAGGUUUCUGGGAUUUUUUUUUUUUUUUUUUUUUUUAGUUUUGAGGUGCUAAAUUACCACGUAAAUUCUCCUUACCAGCUGUGGUAGCAAGACUUUGUAGAGUGCUUAUCAGAGAGUACCUUUUAUUUUAAAUGAUCAAAAUAAAUGUAUUUUUUUCUUUUAAUCUUGAUGUAUUUUUUCAUGAAGACACAUCUUGGGGACAUGUCAACCUCCGUAUUCACUCAUGUUAAUACCAACGAUUGCAAUUAAAGAAUAAGCAAACAUACUUUUUCUAAGUGUUUUCAGCUGUGAGACGUCAAUUUCUACAAUUUAGUUUCUAGACAUGCUAUUAUAUUUAAUAAACUUCAUGUAAACUUUAAAAUACUGCACUGCAUUUAUGAAAAGCUUUCUUUGACUACAGCAGCUAUCUAAUGUUUUAAGACACUGACGCAUGCCCUUCAUUAUUGAGGCUAAAAGCUUUGUUCAGAUUGCUUGAGGUCUGAAAAAGAGGUGUGCUAGCUUUGCUUAGUUUAUUUCUUAUUUUUGGUAUAUAUAAAUAUUAGACUGUGUGUACUGGAAAUGCUAUGAUAGGUAUUUUGUGUUUAUUCAAAUGCAGUGAUAGUUUCCUGUAUGAAUGUGCAAGAGGCCUGUGACAGAAUGCUGUUUUUACUGUAGUUUAAGUUAUAAAAGUAGGAAUGCAACAAUUCCCGGUUUUCAGAUUUCCUCUAUAUUACUCAUAUUUGUUUCAUAGCAGAUACUCUGUCUUUAAAUGGACUCAUUACAAAGUUUAUUAAUUGUCAUUGGUGAGAAAAUUUCAUUAUAGUUUUUAAAAUGUUAUUGUGAUGGAAAAUCAGUCUUCUGCUUUCAGAAAAUAUUUGAGUUAAUUUACUAUAGCAUAACCUUAUUAUCAUAAUUGGGUUACCAUUUAAGCCUUUUAUUUUUUAAAAAUAUUGCUAUCCUGUAAAAGAAAAUUGCUUGCUAUAUUUAUGCCUUCUCUUGUUAGAAAUCUUUCAUCCUUAAAUUGUUGUAUUCCUACACAUCGAAGACAUUUAAAAUAAGUUUUUGUGCCUGCAGAAGCUAAUACAAGGAACACUGGUCUUUUGACAAAAUACUUGUGUAAAUUUUGAUACUGUAUUAAAACUAUUUUUUUAAAGUUCUGCAUAAAAUUGAGUAUCAAGUAUAUGUGUUCAUCUUAGCACUGGUAAUAAAUUAUUUAAUCUCA